UCUAAGUCUACCUUUGAACUCUCUGUUGAUUCCUUAACGGGAAGAAGUCAUUCACGAGACCUACUACAUAUAUUUAUCAACAUGUUUUCUGGCAUAAAGAUCAUCCCUCGUGAUGAGGUGCGUGAUGAUAGUUCCGAGGAAGAAAAGGAGAAAUCUAAUAGAAGACGAAAGAACAAGGACGUUAAUAGAAAGGAAAGUAGCAAGAGAAAGGAGAAGAAGGUUGAUGAUGAGACUAAAGACGACUUGGUAGAAGGAGAUAUCGUUAGAAAGAAGAUGGGUCUCGAUUGGAUGCUUGCGCCGACACGAAAGGCAGAUCCAAACAUUGCUUUAGAUGUAAAGGAAAAGCUAGAGGAGAGUACACAUGAAGAGGUGAAAGUAAACCCGAGGGAACUAAAUCCUUAUUUGAAAGGCGCUGGAUCCGGUUAUCCCGAGGAAGAAUCCGAGAAAAGACACGGUAUAGAUCGGCUUUUACCGACUUCUGUUGUUGGAGACGGUGGUGCGAGUUGGAGAAUGAAAGCACUCAAGCGUGCAAAAGAACAAGCUGCAAGAGAAGGGCAAAAGCUUGAGGAGGUUGCUGGAGAAAGAUGGGGCUCUCUUGGUAAUCUUGUUGAGUCCGUUGCAUCUCAACGAGCAGCUCCAUCUCGUGCUCAUUUGAAUGCCAUUAAUAAUAGAAGAAGAGUGAACAAUGAAGAGAAUGAUAAAGAGAAAAAACCCGAAAGAGUCUCUGAGAAGGGCAAUGAUCGGGAUUAUUUGAAGGAUGAUUCGCCGCGUCAUCGUGUAUUGAAAGCUCCGAAAACCGACCCUUCGUUAUCUUGGGGAAAGAGAAAGAGCCAAACUCAUAGAAACGAAGACUCAAAGCUGAUAUCUGAAGCUGCGGCUCACUUGAAUAAGUUUUCUAAUGAUGGUAACUUCAUGAAGGAAAUGCUUUCAAAGCAGAGUAACGAAUCAGUCUCUCGCGUAGAGACUCGUGGAGAAGGCAGAAGCGAUGUGGAGAGUGUAACAUUGCCGUCAGAGACCAGCAAGAAGGACGGUGAAGAGACGACUCUUCCCGGUUUUGAAUCUUUAAGUGUAAAUCAACUUGCUGCUAAAGCCUUGCAGCUUCGUAUGAAAGGGAAACUUGAAGAAGCUCAGAAACUUACGGAAGAAGCAGAGAGGCUGAGAGCAAAGCAAGCUGUUGGAGACGAUUCAUCUAAAGAACACUUCACUAGAACUGCAACGAGGUAUCCUACCAAAGAUAUGUCGGGUCGAAGAAGGAAUCAAGAUGAUAAUACGGAUAUGCAUCUAGCCAAAAGCAUAAUGCAGAACAAACAGUACAAAACAUCUAACCAAGCUGCUGAUGAUGAGUAUGACUAUGGAGACGCUCCAAGCAAAAAGUCCCGUAAGCGCGAAUCAAACAUUCCUGAAAAGGAUAAUAACCGCGUGAAACGCAUCUUGACUCAACAAGAACGGUGUCUCUUCUGUUUCGAGAACCCGAGACGGCCUAAACACUUGGUUGUAUCAAUCGCAAACUUCACCUAUCUGAUGUUACCACAACAACAGCCACUUGUCCCAGGCCAUUGCUGUAUCUUACCAAUGCAGCACGAGGCAGCAAGCAGAAGUGUUGACGACAAUGUUUGGGACGAGAUUCGGAACUUCAAGAAGUGUCUUAUAAUGAUGUUUGCUAAGGAAGGCAAAGACGCUGUGUUUCUGGAGACAGUGAUUGGUUUGUCUCAGCAACGACGUCACUGUAUAAUCGAUUGUAUACCAAUUCCCCAGGAGAUAGCUAAAGAAGGUCCUAUGUAUUUCAAGAAAGCGAUAGAUGAAGCUGAGAGUGAGUGGAGUCAGCACAAUGCAAAGAAGCUGAUAGACACAAGCGUGAAGGGUCUAAGGAACUCUAUACCUAAGAACUUUCCUUACUUCCACGUUGAGUUUGGUCUAGACAAAGGGUUUGCUCAUGUGAUUGACGAUGAGGAACAGUUUAAUAGCAAUCUUGGAUUGAAUGUAAUCAGAGGAAUGCUUGAGUUGCCGGAAGAAGAUAUGUACAGACGGAGAAGGUUGGAGUCGGUGGAGAGCCAGAAGAAGGCGGUUGUGAGCUUUGCGCGCAAAUGGGAACACUUUGAUUGGACGAAGCAGCUUGAUUAG